CACGUGGCUUGUGUGUUUUUUUGUAUAUAGCCGCUGUCGCGAAUCUAUAUUUGGUAUGGAAUUAUUUUUGCUAACUUUUGUCGAGGAUCAGUGGUGACGUUGCGAGUCGAAAUGGUAGUUUGUGGGCGAUUGUGGGAUUCUGAUCUCUUGCAAAGAUCUUGCGUCGCGUGGCCCUCGGGAAACUGGUGUGAUGGUUCGUGGGGAGAUUGCCUGAUGAGAUUCUGGUGGCGUGGUUAUGGAGUGUUUUGUUUUGAGUGCGUGUAGGUUCACUAGCGGUUUAGUGUCUUUCGAGGUUCUGGUCCCGCUUCUGGUGCCAGGGUUUCUGGUCGCCUUCGUUUCAGUUACUCUUUGUUUGAAACUUUAGUGAAAACUCCUCCUAAUGUCCUGAGAACAUUGCUUUGUCAGAUUUUUUUUGCAGAUAGUCUAUUCAUUGAAUUUUCCCACAGCCUAUUGUGUGUUCCUGAAGAUUUUCGGAUCUCAUGUAUAGUAGAACGGUUCUCUGUUGUUCCUUGCUUUUCAAAUUUGCUCUUUUGCAUCAUUAUAUUCUUUCACUUCAGAAUUUUUUCUGCAUCUGAUCGCAUUCGUAUGCCUUUUUGUCCUCCUACCUUUAUCUCAAGUUUAUUUAUCUGCUUCGAGUUCACUGAUUAGCAGGAACCGAAGCAACAUUUUGUGUUUACAGUUUCCUUGAUUUUCGACGUUUUGCGUCUCCUCUGUUGCUUAGUUUUUUAGCUACUGAUUCCAGAAGCUCCUCGAACAUUCCCGAGCCUUGUUUGACACAGUAGUACUGUUCAUACUGUGGCGACCUCAAGUAUGCUACACUUUCGAAUACCAAAGAGAGAGUGGCCACAGUCACGAAAUUCAGGACGAAAGCGCCAGCAAGGCAUUGCGAAGUUCAAUUAGCCGUGAGCAUGCCUUCAGUUGUAGGGGAAUCCGGUUUUCUCAGUAGAAUUACGAACCAGAAGGAGGUGAUGGUCUCUUUAGCUUGUCUCUCCCUCGUCAUUCUCACCCUCCUAUUUGGCCAUGGAAGCGCGGCUGUUCUUCUGUUCAACACUAAAAAUGAAUCUCGAUCUUUUCCGGACAUGGAAGCUGCCUUCACUCCUUCCAUUCCCAGCGGAGGCGUAGCUGGGAUCUUGCACGAAGCAAAUCCACUCGACGCAUGCUCACCCCUUAAAAAUCUCAUUCCGAAGGGAGAGCCAUUGCCUCCUUUUGUUUUGGUAUCACGGGGCAGUUGUAAUUUUGAUAAGAAGGUGAAGAAUGCUCAAGAUGCCGGCUUUCAAGCUGCGAUUGUGUACAAUAGUAUGGAUUUUGUCGGUGACUUGGUUAUAAUGUCAGGUUCACCUGAGGGUAUUGACAUUUAUGCAGUAUUUGUCUCUUGGCUUACUGGACAAGCCCUUUUGGGUGCUGUCGGUGACAACAAUACAUGUACCCUGGUACCAUAUAUUGAGGAUACCGCCUGGUCAAUCAUGGUUGUGUCUUCGAUCUCGCUCCUUGCCAUUUCAGCGGUGUUGUCUACGUUUUUCUUUGUCCGUCGGCAUAGCUUACGACAUCGCGGUUCUCGGUUAUUAUCUAGGGAACCCUCUGGAAUGAACGCACGGGAUGUGCACGCAUUGCCCACCUUAAUUUUCAAGGCUGUUGGAGGAGCUGCUACUGGAGAGAUGUGUGCUAUCUGCUUGGAGGACUAUGAGAGUGGAGAAAAACUGCGACUCUUACCUUGUCAGCAUGACUUUCACGUCGGCUGUAUAGACCAGUGGCUACUCACGCGGAGACGUUUUUGUCCAAUAUGCAAGCAGGAUGCAAGCUCAGCACCUGUUCAUCCAUCAGCUACAGAGACAACACCUCUGCUCGUUGCUCCAAGUCACAUUUUCUCGGUCCCCGCCACCGCUUCAGCAGCUACUCAGACAUCACCUGUAGGCUCUCCUACAAUUCAAACCAUCCAAUCAUCGCCUUCAGAUGUGUCGGGAGAGAACCUAUGCUAACUCUUACCUUCAUGUAUACUUUCUAGAGACGGCUGUUGGAACAAGAUGUAAUUGUAGGUUCAGAUAAUCUGAAUUCCAUUUAGUUAAUUUAUGUGUUCAAUAGUGAACAACGUUUGUGGAAGUGCUUAGUAUCUUUAAACAACUUGCAUUGAAGGUGAUAGCAUAAAUGUAAAUACUGGGGUGUAAAAUAGAGUCCUGAAGUUCCUGCAGAACAUGGCAAUUGCUCUGGUGUAUAGUGAACAUUUUUACAACAUACCAGAGCUAUUGCAUGCGAUAUUUGAAGAGUCAUUACAUAAUCAAGCUGUCGUUGCUUAGUAGAUGCACAAACACAGACGUUAUACCAACCUGCGUUCUGACUGAAAUACUUUUGCUUAAUACACAAAUUGUGUAUUGAAGAUCUUUCA